AGGAAGCCAAGCACGAUAGCGCGUUCUUAGGCGAACUUAAGCCGCUGGGCAUUGUCUACAACAAUUUAGGACCAGUCAGUCGCUAUCUCGCCAUGCAAGUCACAAUGUUGCGCCACUCCGCGCACGCGGGCUGCGUUCGCCCUCUAUGUUCCUCUAGGCUAGCCAUGCCGCGACCAGCCUGCAAGGCGUUCGGGUCGCGCAAGCUGAUGCAGCUCCGCGCCUCCAACAAUAGCGAUGGCAACUUCUCAGACGACGAGGGCGUAUAUAACGUCGCUGCUGAGUACUGCGCUUUGGAUGAGAAGGGCAAGAAGGCAUCUAAGCGCUCGCUCGGAGAGAUGGAGCAAGACUUCCUGGCUGCGCUGACCGCGUGGUAUUAUGAGGGCAAGCCAAUUAUGUCAGAUGAGGAGUUUAACCUGCUUAAGGAGGAGCUCAUUUGGUCGGGCAGCACCGUCGCCGUGCUCAGCAGCGCCGAGCAGCGCUUCCUUGAAGCAUCCAUGGCAUAUGCAAAGGGUAAACCAAUCCUGUCAGACGACGAAUACGACCUGCUGAAGGCGGAGCUCCGCAACAAGAGCAGCAUCGUCACGGCGCAGGGCCCGCGCUGCAGCAUCCGCAGCAAGAAGAUGUACGCGGAUGCCGAGCCGGACUAUCUUCGCAUGACCUUGCUAAACGUUCCCGGCGUCAUGUUUGUGCUGGGCCUGGUCUUCGCAGUUGACUUCUCCACCGGCUUCGGGAUAACCGAGCUCAUCGAGCUGCCCGCGCCGUACGGUGUGGUGCUGCUGUGGGGCCUGCUGCUGCCCUCGCUCUUCGUGGUUGCGUACGCGCUGACCCAGAUCGGCUUCAAGGACAACCUCAUCCUCAAGGCGCCCUGCCCCAGCUGCGGCUCCGAGAACUUCACCUACUUUGGCGAUGUGUUCACGGUGCACGGCGCGCGCGGGCAGAACAUCGUGGAGUGCUACAACUGCAAGGCCGACCUGACGUUUGACGAGUACAAGCGCAUCGUGGUGGUGGCGGAGACGGCGGAGGUCAAGCAGGAGAAGGCGGCAGCGGCUGCUGCCAAGAAGGCCGCGGCGGCUGCUAAGAAGAAGCAGCGGGCUAUGGCUGUGGCGGAGCGUGAAGUGGCCUGAGGGGCGUUAGGAGCGGGGCGCUUGGUAGCCCCCAACUACCCAGCCGGCUGGUGGUUGGAAGCUGCGCACCAGGAGGUUGUGUGGUCACCGCCUGCCCCUGAGAAUAGCGUCGUUGCUUGCUUGCUGUUUUUGUUCCCGUGCGGCAUUGCAAUGCCCCCCAACCCUUCUAUAAGUGAGGAAAGGCGAGUGGUCAAGUAGAGCUGCAGGAGGGGUUUGUUACGAGGUAGCGGCAGAGGUGUGAACGCGGCGAGAAGCGAAGUAUCUAUAACAAGAGACAUGCAUGAUAAGAGAAUCCAGCGGUAGUGAACUGAGGAGGUGUGACGACGGCG